CUGCUGCCUGCCAUGUUCUGUCGUCGGAAGUCUGGAAGAUCGAGUUAUUGGUCGAGCUCAUUGCAUCGGGGACGAAGGCGGACUGUCCGGGUCUCUCGUUUCUCGUUAGAAACGCAGUUUAAGACUGUGAUUUUGCUUGGCUUUGCAGGAGUUCUUCGGUAACUAUUACGAUGGACUCCCCGUCGGUGCGUGGAGUGUCAAGCUCUAAAUACGAGGAAGUGAUGUAUUAGGGUUUAGGGUGCAUUUUUUUCAUGGAUUUCACCACACAAGGACCUCCGAGAGGGAGUCCUUGUGAAAUCCAUGAAAAAUUAUGGUCCCGGCUGCCGAGCGUGGUGAGCGUGGUGAGGGUGAAAUCAUCGACAAUCAAAAUUAUACCUUCUUCCGGAGCAAGUGAUCUGUAAACUUGCAUAAAGUAUAGUUGAACCACCUUCCUGAAUUUCAAGCCUUGCUGGAGAAAGUGGAAUCGAGCGGAGGCUUGCUUCCGGAUACCGCAAGCGAUGAAUAUACAUACUGUGGGUGGGAGAAGUUCAGGUUGAAGUAAUCCCUCCAUCUCAUAUAUGUAUAUGAGAUGGGUGGGAGAGGUUGAGGGUUUACUUCAACCCUCAACCUCUCCCACCCACUGGCGAAUCCAGGUUACAUUUCGUGUGUUUUCGAUGCGACUGUAAUAUACAGUCGGUAUCCUCAACAAGGGUCCAUUAAUGGGUGCUGCGACCCACAGUUCAUGGUCAUAGAGGGUACUGUACAGUUUUACUACUUAUCAGAUUCAGUAGACCGAGUCCACGAUUUUGAAGAAAAUGUUUGGAAGCAAGCUUCUGUAUGUGGUUUGGCAUCCCAAACUGUUGAUCACAUGAGCUCGCAGAGGAAAAAUGGAAACUACGGCAUGUUGUCAUAGACGGUUUUUAUAAACAUUCACUUUUUCUUUAGACUACAAAAAUUGCCACAAGUAAACUACUCUUUUGUCCCUAAACC